UUUAGGUUCUGUCCUAAGAAGAUUUCUAAACUAAACCUUUGUCUCCUUGAGAAAUAAGAGUGUUACAGUGAAUUUUGGAGUACUAACUGAUAUAAAGCAGUGAUAGAUUGAUCAAAUCUCUAAAAAGUAAAACAGAUUAGAGUAGGACAUAACACAAUUCACAUCAUAAAGAAACCUCCGAUCAGCCUUUGGUUUUUUAAAGUGAGAGUGGAAAAAUAAUAUGAGGUCACCGCACUCUCACAAGAAACCCGCGCUUCUCCCUCUAGUUUGCGCUGCUGCAUUUUUUUCUGUUCUUGUUUUCGGGAUCCAAUCUUCUUUCUUCUCAGGUUCUAGCAACAAAAUAUUAGAUCUCAGCAAAGAACAAGUGCGGGUAUCGGAUCUCAACACCGAGGAAGUGGGGAUUUUAUCAGACUUUCAGACCAGCAUUAAACAAUGCGUGGCGAACAGAGGACUUGGACUCACUGCACAUGUUAUCGAUCAUUGCAAAUUGGUUCUUAAGUUUCCUCAAGGCACAAAUAGCACCUGGUAUAAUGAGCAGUUUAAGGUUUAUGAACCAUUGGAGUACAGUUAUGAUAUUUGUGAUACCAUUCUAUUGUGGGAACAGUACCGUAACAUGACAACUGUGUUGACUAGAGAAUAUCUAGAUGCUCGGCCAGAUGGAUGGUUGGACUAUGCAGCAAAAAGGAUUGCACAAUUGGGAUCUGAUAAAUGUUUCAAUCGAACUCUUUGUGAAGAACAUCUUAAUUUGCUUUUACCAGCGAAACCCCCUUUCCAUCCGCGGCAGUUUCACACAUGUGCGGUUGUUGGGAACUCAGGUGAUCUCUUAAAGACAGAGUUUGGGAAAGAAAUUGAUAGUCAUGAUGCUGUUAUACGAGACAAUGAGGCUCCUGUCAAUGAGAGAUAUGCCAAAUAUGUUGGUCUUAAGAGGAAUUUCCGCCUUGUGGUACGGGGUGCUGCUCGAAACAUGGUUAAGAUUCUCAAGGGAUCUGAUGAUGAGGUACUUAUAAUCAAGAGUCUAACCCAUAGGGAUUUUAAUACAAUGAUUAAGAGCAUCCCAAAUCCUGUUUAUCUCUUUCAAGGAAUUGUUCUACGAAGGGGUGCCAAAGGAACUGGAAUGAAAUCUAUAGAGCUAGCGCUUUCUAUGUGUGACAUUAUUGAUAUAUAUGGUUUCACUGUUGAUCCAGGCUAUACUGAAUGGACAAGGUACUUCUCUACACCAAGGAAAGGGCAUAAUCCACUGCAAGGAAGGGCAUAUUAUCAACUGCUAGAGUGCCUUGGUGUUAUCAGGAUUCAUUCUCCUAUGAGAGCCAAGAGGAAGCAAGACUGGUCUGAUGUGCCAAAUAGAGAAAUGAUAAGCAGAGCUCAUGCUGCUGCCUUGCGCAUAAAAAGGGGUGCAGCUGAUCUAUGGGGACAGUUUGGUAGUUGCAAGGUCUGGGGCAGCGUGGACCCUUACAAAAGGGGGCCUAUUUCAGGAUCCCCAGACAUGAGUCGUGUUAGGAAACAUUCAAAUUACAGCAAAUGGGAAAUCAUGCCUUUUGAGAGUGUAAGAAAGGAAGCGCUAGAUCAUUAUGCCCAAAUGGAAGGCGUUUCUCUGUACAAAAUGGAUGGUAACAAAUUGGAUGAUCUAGUAUGCGUGAGGCAUUCCUUAAAAUCUGAGGGAUAAGAAAUGUUACACGUUGGUGCCCUUUCUUUAUUCUUUUUGGUUUGAUUGGGAGAAACCAUUUCUCAUCACCAACAAAUCAACAAUGAGGUGGCCCUUUUGGACUAAGUUGAGAGUUACUAGUUCUCUCAUAUUGAAAUGUGCAAACUCUUGCACGGUAAUCCAAAUGCCAUCCUCUGAAGCUAUGUGUGUUAUAAGUGCCAGCAUCUCUCUCUCUCUCUCUCUCUUUUUUGGUUAUAUCUUCAUAGAGGGGGCAGGGCAGUGUUGCUUGUUGUGGCAGCAACGAGACAGUAAAUUGGUGUCAUCAACUUUAACCCGUUUGUUAUGGUGUUAGUGCUUUAGGAUGUUAAAAAUCUUCCUUGGUAAUUGAAUUUACUAUGAUGACCAAAUUCGAUAAUGUUGUUUGUUUCAAAUGUUCACUGAUAGCUGUUCUUCUUAUGGUUUUUUUGUAGAUUUUGGUAAUUUUUGUCGGUCCAAAAGAAGUAGGCUAGGGUAGCCUUCACGUCCAUGAUGCAUGAACAUAAUGAUGAAAACAAAGCCACAAGCUGACAGCUCUGAAUGCUAGUUAAUAUUGUCAUCAUGGAUUCAUGUUUAGACAAAGUGUUGUGUAUACAUUUGAGCAUUAUUUUCGAAAGAUAUAU